CCGUUUUCUCCCGGGCUUUGGAAGGGUUGUCUUGGUGACGGGUCCUAACGGUCUCCAGUUUGGAGAGCUAAGGGGCUGCAUUCUGGGUUGCAAAUUGGAAGCGCUUUCGCCUCCUCGAAGUGUCAGGGGGUGGCGGCCGGUCCGACCUUCGACGUGGAGAAAUUGGAGCCCUGCAGUUUCAUCCACUAAAAUUGAUUUUCAGAGACAAAAACGGACCUAUGAUAAAAAAAUGUCUCGAAAAAUUCCAAAGGAGUCCAAAAAAGUGAACAUCUCUAGUUCUUUGGAAUCUGAAGACAUUAGUUUGGAAACAACGAUACCUACAGAUGAUAUUUCCUCGUCAGAAGAAAGAGAUGGUAAAGUCAAAAUCACAAGACAGCUAAUUGAGCGGAAAGAAUUACUUCAUAAUAUUCAGUUACUGAAAAUAGAGCUGUCCCAGAAAAAUAUGAUGAUCGACAACUUGAAAAUGGAUUAUCUUACAAAGAUUGAAGAAUUGGAAGAGAAACUUAAUGAUGCCCUUCACCAGAAGCAGCUGCUAGCAUUGCGGUUGGACAGCCAGUUGACUUUCCAACAGAAAGAUGCCAGAAAAUAUCAAGAACUAUUGAAACAAGAAAUGGAAACUAUCUUACUGAGACAAAAGCAAUUAGAAGAGACGAAUCAUCAGCUGAGAGAGAAGGCUGGAGAUGUUCGUCGAAAUCUGCGUGACUUUGAGUUGGCAGAAGAGCAGUAUCUGAAGCUGAAAUCUUUCCCAGAAGAUCAGCUCUCUAUUCCCGAGUAUGUGUCUAUUCGCUUCUAUGAAUUAGUGAAUCCAUUAAGGAAGGAAGUCUGUGAACUUCAAAAGAAAAAGCAUGACCUGUCAGAAGAACUGAGCGCUCACAAAGACCAACUGAAGCAACUGACAGAGAUACAUGAAGAAGAGCGAAGAAACUGUUCAGAGCUUCAAAACCGAUGUCAGCGUUUGGCCUUAGAAUUAGCAGACACAAAGCAGUUAAUCCAGCAAGGCGAUUACCGUCAAGAGAACUAUGAUAAAGUCAAGAGCGAGCGUGAUGCACUUGAACAGGAAGUCACUGAGUUUAGGAGGAAAUAUGACAUACUUGAAGCCUCUCACAAAACUCAAGUUAAAGAAAGAAGUGACUUCUCAAAAGAGGUGGCCACUUUACAGCAGACGGUUACGUUACUGCAAAAAGAUAAAGAGUAUCUCAAUCGCCAAAACAUGGAGCUCAAUGUGCGCUGUGCCCAUGAAGAGGACCGCCUGGAGAGACUGCAGGCUCAGCUGGAGGAAACCAAGAAGUCCAGAGAAGAGAUGUAUGAAAAAUAUGUGACAUCCAGGGACCAUUAUAAAACAGAAUAUGAAAAUAAGCUCCGUGAUGAACUGGAACAAAUCCGAUUAAAAACUAAUCAAGAAAUUGACCAACUUCGAAAUGCCUCCAGGGAAAUGUAUGAACGGGAAAACAGAAAUCUCCGAGAAGCCAGAGAUAAUGCCGUGGCUGAAAAGGACCGAGCAGUGAUGGGCGAAAAGGAUGCUUUAGAAAAACACGAUCAGCUUUUAGACAGAUACAGAGAAUUGCAAAUGAGUGAGGAAAGCAAAGUAUCUGAAUUUCUCCAUCAAAGUAAAUUAAAAUCUUUUGAGUGUGAGCGUGUUCAACUUCUACAAGAGGAAACUGCAAGGAAUCUCAUGCAAUGUCAACUGGAAUGUGAAAAAUAUCAGAAAAAAUUGGAGGUUUUAACGAAAGAAUUUUAUAGUCUCCAAGCCUCUUCUGAAAAACGCAUUACUGAACUUCAAGCACAGAAUUCUGAGCAUCAAGCAAGGCUAGACAUUUAUGAGAAGCUGGAAAAAGAACUUGACGAGAUAAUAAUGCAAACUGCAGAAAUUGAAAAUGAAGAUGAAGCUGAAAGGAUUCUUUAUUCCUAUGGCUAUGGUGCUAAUGUUCCCACAACAGCCAAAAGACGACUGAAGCAAAGUGUCCACUUGGCAAGAAGAGUGCUUCAGUUAGAAAAACAGAACUCACUCGUCUUAAGAGACCUGGAACAUCAAAAGAACCAAGGAGCACAGCUUUCACAACAGCUUGACAGGGCCAAUUCACUGCUAAACCAAACACAGCAACCGUACAGGUAUCUUAUAGAGUCCGUGCGCCAGAGAGAUUCCAAGAUUGAUUCACUAAAGGAAUGUGUCGCACAACUUGAGACAGAUGUCAGCAAUUUAAAUAAAGAAAAGUCAGCUUUACUUCAGAUGAAGAAUCAAAUGGCAUUAGAUUUGGAACAACUUCUAAAUCAUCGUGAGGAAUUGGCAGCAAUGAAGCAGGUGCUCAUCAAUAUGCGCAGUAAGCACCCUGAGAGCAGCUUACUCCUUACUAAGGAGGAUUCGAAAAAUGUGGCAGAAAACCAGAAAUCAAAAGCUUUGGAUGUGUCUAGAGACCAGGAAGACAGUGUGUUUACCCCCAGACCAACACUCUUUACCAAAAAAGAAGCACCUGAGUGGUCUAAGAAAGUAAAGAUGAAGACCUAGUAUUUUCUAUGUAUUUAAAAUAUUUUGGUUUAUUCUGGAUAUUCUUUUUCUGAUGGGGGGGGGAGGAAGCUUACCUUAAUCAUGUACCCAAUAUUUUUCAUGAUUAAUUUUGUUUAUCUUAAUUGACUAUUAAAUCAACAUAUUUUGGUAUAAUAAUAAAAAAAUUUAAAUUCAAACGAUAGUAUAUUUUCUAUUUGGUUUUCUUUAUUUUGA